GCGCCGUCGCCCGCGUCGGCGUGUCCUGCGGCGUCUCCCGUCCUCCUCGCAGUCCGCUCGGCGCGCCCGCGAGUCAUGACGACCAAGGCCGUGUGCGUGCUGCAGGGCGAGGGCGAAGUGCGGGGCACCAUCCACUUCGAGCAGAAGGGAAACGGGAAGGUCACGGUCUCGGGCUCCAUCAUGGGCCUGGCCGAGGGCGAGCACGGCUUCCACGUCCACCAGUUUGGAGACAACACACAAGGCUGUACCAGCGCUGGUCCUCACUUUAACCCGCUGUCCAAGAACCACGGCGGGCCGCAGGACGACGAGAGGCAUGUCGGGGAUCUGGGCAACGUGAUGGCGGGCCCUAACGGCGUGGCCGAGGUGCUCAUCGAAGACUCCAUGAUCAAGCUCUCAGGAGACCAUUCCAUCAUCGGCCGCACAAUGGUGGUCCACGAGAAGCGAGACGACCUGGGCAGAGGGGGCAACGACGAGAGCAAGAAGACGGGCAACGCCGGCAGCCGCCUGGCCUGCGGGGUGAUCGGGAUCGCCCAGUGAACAUCCCGGCCGCCUGCCUCCGGAUGCCCGUCUCCUAGUUGUAGAAACUUAACCGAUAAACAUUAAACACUAACCUCCACGGUGUCAUGUGUGUCUUUUUUUAAAACUGCUUUAAGUUCCUGUAACGUGACUUAUGAUCACUUGGAAGAUUUGUAUGAUUGUGUAAAUCUCAUACUCAAUUAAAAUGUCUGUUUCAACGA